GUCCCUCCUGCAGCGUCCCCUGCCAUCUCCUCAUCUGUCUUCCGGGUUCCAUUCCCUGCGACGUCAGGGCAUAGGAGGGGACGUAACCGGUGGGAAAUGAAGCAAAAAUUUGAAAUAAAAUCACAUAGUAAAACAUUACUGUAUCAAAGUAUUUCACAUACAUUUUGUCCCGAGUGCUUUGUCCUGUGCCCUGCCUGCAUUUAACUGUUCUUUGUGCCUGGAAAUUGAGAAACGUUCAUGGCGUCCAGAAAGCAUCCCUUUAGGUCAAAAGCAGUUUAAGACCAGCUAGAGAACAGGGAUAGUAAAUUAGAACCACUUGCAGAAUUGA